AUUUGACGUUUAGCAAAGGCAAAAGCGGCAAAGAAUAUCCUAUAUAUACAUAAAUGACGUUCAACGCUUCUUGAUUCGACAUACACCUAUAUUACAUCAAUUGCAAUAGUUUCUUCCUUUAAAUAAACACUUUUGCAAAAAGAGGAAAAUGAACGAAAACGGAGAGAGUGAGACAAAAAUUAUGACAAAUGGAUUCGAGAAAAAUGAUGUGGAGAAGGAAGUAAAUUCAAUGUCGUUGAACGAAAGUGAACCGGAGGAAGUUGAAAUUCCAGUGCCUUGGGGUCACAUUAGUGGCAAAUGGUGGGGUUCGAGGGGAAUCCAGCCGAUUGUGGCGUUACAUGGGCGACAAGAUAAUGCAGGCAGCUUCGAUAAAUUAAUGUCACUUAUGCCUAAAAGUAUUUCUAUAUUGUGCUUGGAUUUACCUGGCCACGGGUUCUCGUCCCAUUAUCCAAAGGGACAGUCCUAUUAUGUCCACUGGGACGGUAUCGUCUUGCUUCGUCGCAUUGUUCGUUACUAUAAAUGGAAAAAGGUAAAAUUAUUGGGACACUCGUUGGGUGGUGCGAUAUCGUUUUUGUACGCAGCUUCCUAUCCGGACGAGGUUGAAUAUGUGAUAAGUCUCGACAUUGCGAGUCCAAGUGUUCGUGACAUUACAAAAUCGGUGGAAAUCACGGGCACUUAUAUCGAUAGAUUUUUGAAAUACGAAGAUUUGACACUGGACUCGGUGCCUUGCUAUAAUUACAAGGAAAUGAUUGACAUUGUCGAGACGGCGUACAAUGGGGACAUCACCAGAGAGAGUGCGGAGAUUUUAAUGAAACGCGGAAUGCAACCGGCUCCGAUUAUGAAUCACUAUUAUUUCCGUCGUGAUCCACGACUAAAGGUUUCUCUAUUGGGAAUGCUGUCAAUGGAUCUCGUUUUGGCGUUCGCAAAAAAAAUUAAAUGCGCCUAUCUUAAUAUUCGCGCAAUGCCUGGCAUGAAAUUUGAACAACCAGAAUCUUAUCAUCGCGUAUUGGACGAAAUAAAACUCACAGCGUCGAAAUUUGAAUAUCGAGAAGUCGAAGGCAGUCAUCAUGUUCAUUUGAAUAAUCCCGAACGAAUUGCUCCAAUUAUCAUCGAAUUUUUAGGACUUUAACGUUACUAUUAUUAUCUUUUUUUUUUAUUUCAAGCCUAGCAGAAUUAUUAUCACAAUUUUUUAUCUUUUUAUUUUUUAAAUCCAAUCUAAAAAUAAUAGUAAUCAUUUAAAUUCUAAAUUUUAAUUUUAAAAGAAAUAGUUAUAAUUUGAAUUCAAUCUAAAAGUAAUAGAAAUAAUUUAAAUUCGAUCUGAAAGUAAUAGUAAUGAUUUAAAUUCGAUCUGAAAGAAAUAGUGAUAAUUUGAAUUCAAUCUAAAAGUAAUAGUAAUUAUUUAAAUUAAAUCUAAAAAAAAAUAAUAAUAGACAGACUAUUUUAAUAGUAUUGGGAAUUUAAGUAGAGAAUUAAUAUUUAAAGGAAGAAAAAAUUCCGAAUCAAUUCGAAUGAAGUUUGGAAAUUAAUUAAUUUAAAGACGAAAAUCGUAUCAGUUUCUUCCAAAUAAUUUUAAUUUACAUUGAUUUUGAGUUAAAUUAGUUAAUUUCAAUUUCAUUUGUUAACGGUGUUGUAGUUAAUUUUCUUAAUUAAGAAAAACGAAUUAACUGUUGGGAAAAUUAAAUUAAUUUUUGAUUUCUCUACUUUCGAUUUUUCGUAUCGAUCAA